AUGGAAAGUACAAACAACACGACGUCUUCAGACGGCUCCGUCCAAAACGAGAACAUCACGACCUUAGCCGAAGUGGCACUAAGUUACCAAAUCGCCACCUCUCUCUUGCUGGCAGCGCUGAUUCUCUGUGCUAUAUUUGGGAAUGCGUGCGUGGUCGCGGCCAUCGCUCUGGAGAGAUCCCUCCAGAAUGUGGCGAACUAUUUGAUCGGAUCGCUGGCCGUCACGGACCUGAUGGUGUCGGUGCUGGUGCUCCCCAUGGCCGCUCUUUAUCAAGUCUUAAACAAAUGGACUCUCGGGCAGGUAACUUGUGACAUUUUCAUUUCCUUAGACGUGUUGUGUUGCACGUCGUCCAUACUACACCUGUGCGCAAUAGCCUUGGACAGGUACUGGGCGAUAACAGAUCCCAUAGACUAUGUGAACAAACGGACCCCCAGACGUGCGGCUAUCCUGAUCAGCGUGACUUGGCUGGUAGGUUUCUCCAUAUCGAUUCCGCCCAUGUUAGGAUGGAGAAAAGCCGAGGACAGAGCUGACCCCGACGCCUGCACCAUCAGCCAGGACCCUGGCUACACCAUUUAUUCGACUUUCGGCGCUUUUUACAUCCCGCUCAUUCUUAUGCUGGUCCUUUACGGGAGAAUAUUCAAAGCUGCCAGGUUCCGAAUCCGAAAAACAGUCCGCAAAACAGAGAAAAAGAAAGUUUCGGACAAAUGUGUAACGGUGUCGCCUGCCUUGUUUCAUAAAAAGACCAACGGAGACCUGACCAAAAACUGGAAGCGGAGCGUGGAACCAAAGCCGAGCUCGUGCGUAAAUGGCGCGGUCAAGCACGGGCAGGACGGCGAGUCGCUGGAGAUCAUUGAAGUUCACAGCAACUCUAAGAAUCACCUUCCCCUCCCAAACACCCCGCAAUCAGCGCCGUGUUUCGAGAACAGAAACGAAAAGAAUACAGAAGCCAAGAGGAAAAUUGCUUUGGCAAGAGAGCGCAAAACCGUGAAGACGCUCGGGAUCAUCAUGGGCACCUUCAUUUUGUGCUGGUUGCCGUUCUUCAUCGUGGCUCUGGUGUUGCCCUUUUGCCCGGAGAGUUGCCACAUGCCGGUGUGGCUCGGGGAUGUGAUUAACUGGCUAGGCUACUCGAACUCUCUCUUAAAUCCGAUCAUUUACGCCUACUUCAAUAAAGAUUUUCAAAGUGCUUUCAAAAAAAUAAUUAAAUGCAAGUUUUGCCGACCCUGA